UCUGCUAAUUAGACGAUGCAUAUUAGUUGACAAUUUGUAGAUUAUUUUGCCCUUAUUCUCUACUAGAAAACAUAAAUGUCUGUACACAAAUCUUUACGAAUCACUCGGAUAGGCAGAUAAAAGCCUGUCAGCAGAUAACGGGUUGACUGAAAACAAAGAAAAUAAAAUCAGUCAGGAAUUCCAGCAAUCAGUAAUGAAAUAAUAAAUCCCAGUUCAAGCAAUUGGGGUGAAAUGUUCAAUCUGAUGGCGAACUGCUGUAUUUGGUUGAAACGAUGGAGAGAACCUGCAAGGAAGGUGACAUUAGUAAUGGUUGGACUGGACAAUGCAGGAAAAACAGCUACUGUCAGAGGAAUCCAGGGAGAAAGUCCUUUAGAUGUAGCACCUACAGUGGGCUUCUCAAAGGUGGACCUGAAGCAGGGCAAGUUUGAGGUCACAAUCUUCGACCUGGGUGGCGGGAAGCGUAUCCGCGGCAUUUGGAAAAACUACUACUCUGAGUCUUACGGAGUGGUGUUUGUUGUGGACUCCAGUGAUGUUCAAAGGAUCCAGGAGACCAGAGACACAAUGGCUGAGGUUCUCCAGCAUCCUCGUAUUGCAGGCAAACCUGUAUUAGUACUUGCUAAUAAACAGGACCAAGAUGGGGCAUUGGCUGAAGCAGAUAUAAUUGAGACCCUGUCAUUGGAGAAGCUUGUCAACGAGAAUAAAUGCCUCUGUCAGAUUGAACCCUGUUCUGCAGUGCUGGGUUAUGGUAAGAAGGUUGACAAAUCCAUCAAGAUUGGCCUUAAUUGGCUCCUGAAUAACAUUGCCAAGGACUACGUGGCAAUUUCAGAGCGUGUGCAAAAAGAUACAGCUGAGCAGAAGGUUCAAGAAGAACAAGACAAGAAGGAAAGAGCAGAGAGAGUCCGGCGGAUCAGAGAGGAGAGAGACAGACAGGAGAGAGAAGAAACAGAGCAAGAAGGAAUGACAUUGAAAGAGGAGGAGCUACAUGAAGUCAACAUGCUCAACCCAUUCCAGUCAAUAAUCAAUAUUGUUAAUGAGAAUGAAGACAGAUUAAACAAAGAGAAAGCGAUGCAAAGACAGCGAGAAAAUGUUGAGCUGAGCAGGGUGCAAGAACAUGCAGUCCUUCAAGAUGAGGAGGAUGAUGAAGAGGAGGAGGAUGAAGAGAGCGAGAGACAGACCCCGGAGAGCACAGAAACAGGAGCAGUGGACCAGACCAAAAAGAAAACUAGGAAAUUAUGGUUGAAUCGUAAGCACAGAGUCGACCCUCUCAAAAUGGAAGAAGCAGCACACAAAAGCCCCACUCCUCCUCCCUUACCAGUUGGAUGGGCUACUCCUAAAGUUUCUAGGCUCCCCAAACUUGAGCCUCUUGGAGAUACAAGACAUUCUGAUUUCCUUGGCAAACCUCUCCCAAAUGUAGCAAUUAGGCAGAGGCCGAACAGCGAUACUCAUGAUGUAAUUUCCUAACACUACCUCUGCUUCCCCCCUGACUGGUUUACAAUUUUCAAGGUUCCCAACCAAUCAAAGUAUUGUUUUGUUCUUAUCUUCAAGCAUGGGCAGUGUAGCAAACUACACAGAUUGACCAUAAGUGAGGAACUGAAACCCAAUCGACAAACCUAGAUGAUCACAUGACCUCGAUCAACAUCUGGACAACAGGAGGAGUUUUUAAAUGAGAUGGGGUACAAGGACAUUCACUGUUCAGAUAAUGUGCUUACAUUUAAAACGGUUCAAUAUUUUACUUACUUUAGAGCUGUUUGUCUUAUUUUAAUCAAAAUUAAAGUAUUAACAGACAUUUGAAACUCA